ACCCACUCCAGCCAGCAGAUGGCGAUGAGCGUCUUUCAGUUGACUCUUCUUGUGUGACGUAUAAUGGACUGGACGGACGCUUCUUCAGGAACAACAACACGGAUACUAUUUCAACCAGGUCGGUAGCUUGCUCGCCAACAUAAAACUGAAAGAUUGACGUUUUCGGCCAUGUAAAUGUACAUUAGCUAAUCCCAGUGUUUAAAACACAUUUCAGUUGACGUUAACUUGAAUCUAAUGUGCUUGUUCAAUUUGCAAAUUUGUUAAAGAUUGAUACUGAGCCGAGCACUAGGCUAUUCGCUAAUGCUAACUAGCUAGCUAACAUCCCUGACCAUGAGCUCAUUAAACUACUCAUCCCCUGCUAAAGAAGUGGAUGUCUGCUGUCCGGAGAAAGAAGCUCUGGCGCUGAACAUUGUCGUGAAAGACGAAGAGGAGGAUAUUACAGUGAAAGGAGAGAAAGAAGCUCUGGCGCUGAACAUUGUCGUAAAAGACGAAGAGGAGGAUAUUACAGUGAAAGGAGAGAAAGAAGCUCUGGCGCUGAACAUUGUCGUGAAAGACGAAGAGGAGAAUAUUACAGUGAAAGGAGAGAAACAACCUUUCAGAAUGGAAGAGGAGGCUGUUAUAGGGAAAGAAGAGAAAGCAUACUCUUCCUCUCUAAAAGGUUCUAUCUCAGUAAAGGUGAAGGAGGAAGACGUUUUAGGAGUGAAAGAGGAGGAGACAGAAUAUCAGAUUAACACCAGAGAGAGACAUGACUAUCGUGGAUCCUCUGGGGAGCCUCAACAACAUCCUGAUGCUGACGAGACAGAGAAGAGUCUCUCCAGAUCAGAACACCAGAUGGACAACGCUAGCCCUUCCGCCCUCCCGGAGUCCCUGUGUCGUGCCUCUCCCGGUAGCACGUUACUGCUGGGUAUGAAGAGGUUGUCUGUGCUGCUGGUGGACUGCAGGAAAACAACAGGGCUGAGUGGAACUGUGAGAGGAGGAGAAGAGAAGAAAGGAUCAGAUUUGACACAUCAGAGAGGAAAACCAAACUUGGAGGAACCAAAGACCUCCACAACAUCAAGACGACACCUCUGCUCCCAGAUCAAGUUAGGAAGCCUGAAAAGACCUGAGAGGACACACACAGGAGAGAAGCCGUACCAUUGCACCCAGUGUGGAAAUAGUUUUAGCCGGUUAGGAAGCCUCAAAGCUCAUGAGCGAAUACACACGGGAGAGAAGCCAUACCAUUGCGGCCAGUGUGGAAAGAGUUUUAGCCUGUUAGGAAGCUUGAAAGCUCAUGAGCGAAUACACUCAGGAGAGAAGCCGUACCAUUGCGGCCAGUGUGGAAAUAGUUUUAACCAGUUAGGAAACAUGAAAAGACAUGGGAGAAUACACACAGGGGAGAAGCCAUACCACUGCUCCCAGUGUGGAAAGAGUUUUACAGCGUUAGUUAAGCUGGAAGCUCAUGAGCGAAUUCACACAGGGGAGAAGCCUUACUACUGUUCCCAUUGUGGAAAGAGUUUUAACCAUUUAGUUAACAUGAAAAGACAUGAGAGGAUACACACAGGAGCGAAGCCUCACCAUUGCUCCCAGUGUGGAAAGAGUUUUAAGCGGUUAGACACCCUCAAAGAUCAUUUGCGAAUACACACAGGGGAGAAGCCUUUCCGUUGCGCCCAGUGUGGAAAGAGUUUUAGCCGGUCAGGAAGCCUGAAAGAGCACGAGCGAAUUCACACAGGGGAGAAAUCUUACAUAACAUCCCUGACCAUGAGCUCACUAAACUACUCCUCCCUUGCUAAUGAAGAGGGGGUCGGCUGUAUGGAGAAAGAAUCUUUCAGAAUGAAAAAGGAGGAAGAGGAGGCUGUUAUAGUGAAAGAAGAGAAAGAACCGUUUAGAGAGGAAGAUGAUGCUAUCUCAAUAAAGGUGAAGGAGGAAGACGUUUUGGGAGUGAAAGAGGAAGAGACAGAAUAUCAGAUUAACACCAGAGAGAGACAUGACUAUGGUGGAUCCUCUGGGGAGCCUCAACAACAUCCUGAUGCUGACGAGGAAGAGAAGAGUCUCUCCAGAUCAGAACACCAGAUGGACAACGCUAGCCCUUCCUCCCUCCUGGAGUCCCAGUGUCGUGCCUCUCCCGGUAGCACCUUACUGCUGGGUAUGAAGAGGUUGUCUGUGCUGCUGGUGGACUGCAGGAAAACAACGGGGCUGAGUGGAACUGUGGGAGGAGGAGAAGAGAGGAAAGGAUCAGAUUUGACUCCAAGAGAAAGACCAGACUCAGAGGAACCAGAGCCAGGGACGUCCAAACCAGCAAGACGACACCAGUGCUCCCACUGUGGAAAGAGUUUUAACCAGAAAGUACACCUGAAAGCUCAUGAGAGAAUACACACAGGGGAGAAAUCUUACCACUGCUCCCAGUGCAGGAAGAGUUUCAACCGGAAAACAUCCCUGAAACUACAUGAGAGAAUACACACAGGAGAGAAGCCUUACCACUGCUCCCAGUGUGGAAAGCGAUUCAACCAUUCAGGGACGCUGAAACAGCAUGAGAGAAUACACACAGGAGAGAAGCCUUACCACUGCUCCCAAUGUGGAAAGAGUUUUAAGAAUUUAGGGAACCUGAAACUACAUGAGAGAAUACACACAGGAGAGAAGCCUUAUCACUGCUCCCAAUGUGGAAAGAGUUUUAACAAUUUAGGGAACCUGAAACUACAUGAGAGAAUACACACAGGAGAGAAGCCUUAUCACUGCUCCCUGUGUGGAAAGAGUUUUAACAAUUUAGGGAACCUAAAACAACAUGAGAGAAUACACACGGGAGAGAAGCCUUACCACUGCUCCCAGUGUGGAAAGGGUUUCGUCCGUUCGGGGGAGCUGAAAAUACAUGAGAGAAUACACACGGGAGAGAAGCCUUACCACUGCUCCCAGUGUGGAAAGAGUUUCAGCCGGAAAGCAUGCCUGAACCAACACGAGAGAAUACACACAGAAGAGAAGCCAUACCACUGCUUCCAAUGUGGAAAGUGUUUCAAUAGGAGAGGACACAUGAAAAAACACGAGAGAAUACACACAGGAGAGAAGCCUUACCACUGCUCCCAAUUGGGAAAGUGUUUCAUCCGGUCAGGGGAGCUGAAACUACAUGAAAGAAUACACACAGGAGAGAAGCCUUACCACUGCUCCCAGUGUGGAAAGAGUUUCAACCGGAAAGCGUGCCUGAAACUACAUGAGAGAAUACACACAGGAGAGAAGCCUUACCGCUGCUCCCAGUGUGGAAAGAGUUUCAACCGUUCAGGGACGCUGAAACAACAUGAGAGAAUACACACAGGAGAGAAGCCUUACCACUGCUACCAGUGUGGAAAGAGUUUUAAGAAUUUAGGGACCCUAAAACGACAUGAGAGAAUACACACAGGGGAGAAGCCUUAUCACUGCUCCCUGUGUGGAAAGAGUUUUAACAAUUUAGGGAACCUAAAACAACAUGAGAUAAUACACACAGGGGAGAAGCCUUACCACUGCUCCCAGUGUGGAAAGUGUUUCAUCCGGUCAAAGGAGCUGAAACAACAUGAGAGAAUACACACAGGGGAGAAGCCUUAUCACUGCUCCCAGUGUGGAAAGAGUUUUAACAAUGUAGGGAACCUGAAACGACACGAGAGAAUACACACAGGGGAGAAGCCUUUCCACUCCUCCCAGGGUGCAAAGCUUUUGCCCAUUUAGGAAGCCUGAAAGAACACAUGAGACUGCACACAGCGGAGAAUGCUUACAAAAGGUCAGACUGUGGGAAAACAUUUUACUCUAAACAGUCACUUAAACGUCUUUAGAGAAUCCACACAGGAGAGAGAAAUUACUUCUCUUAGCGUGUAUGUUGAUAUUUCACAUCACAUUGACUUAAAAUUCAUCAGAGAACAUACACAGUGCUCCCGUUGUCUUAUAUUGUUGACUGACAAUGUGUUUA